AGAAAGAAAUAACAACGUGAUAUAAGAGGCGUUGUAGUAACAAUAUAUUUUCUUUUCGCUUUCAAAAAUAUUCACGUGCGUUGCUUCAUACAGUGCUCCAGUACGCACACACACGCACAAGCAUUUCCUUCUAGAUUCACACUUUUCUCCUUCCAUUAUGCCGCGUCGCACUCGCGAGGAGUCGAAGGAGGCCAAGCCGGCCCGUGACACGAAGACUGCGGACAGCAGCGAUGACGACGAUGCGCCGGUGAAGGUUGCGAAGGCGGCAGCGACGGCGCACCACGACGAGAAACACACCGCCGUCGCGAAGCGGACGCGGACCGAGGAAAAGCCGGCCGCCGACGGUGCGGUGGCGGCGGCGAAGGAGGAAGAGGUGCCGAACAACGGCUGCGCCGCUACGGCACGUCCCUUCUCGGAGUUUGACAUGAACCCCCAGGUCAUCAAGGCCCUGCAGGCACGCGGUAUCGAGGCGCUCUUCCCAGUGCAGGCGCUCACCUUCGAUGCGAUCAUGAAGCAGACAGACGUCCUCGUGCAGGCACGCACCGGCAGCGGCAAGACCCUCGCGUUCGGUAUCCCCAUCGUGGAGCGUCUGCUGAAGCUGGAGGGCCACCUCACCCGCGGCCGCGGCCCCGCCGCCGUCAUCUUCUGCCCGACGCGCGAGUUGGCCAUUCAGGUGCAGGAUGUGCUGCACGGCAUCAGCUGCGGCCUCAUCGUCGCGGCGCUCUAUGGUGGCGUCGCCUACGCCAAUCAGGAGCACGUCCUGCGCAGCGGCGUCGACAUCAUCGUCGCUACGCCGGGCCGGGCGAAGGACUUCCUCGAGAAGGGCACCUUGCACUUCGACCGCGUCGUGAUGGCCUGCCUGGACGAGGCAGAUCACAUGCUCGACAUCGGCUUCAAAGACGACAUUGAGCUGCUGCUGUCUCAGGUGGCGGAGCAGAACGGCUCGGUCGCCGCGGAGAAGCCGGUGCACCAGACGCUGCUCUUCUCGGCCACGGUGCCCGAGUGGGUCCACUCCAGUUCCCUCAUCGGCAAGAACAAGCAGUUCAUCGACAUGGUCGGCAAGGAGGCGGUGCGCACCGCUAGUACAAUCCGCUUCUACCGCCGUAAGUGCAACUUCAACGAAAUCUCCUCCAUGCUGGCGGACCUCAUCAAGGUGUACAGCGGAGCCCACGGCCGCACCCUCGUUUUCACGAACACCAAGAAGGACUGCCACGACCUGUCCAUCAACAACACCAAGUUGGACUCGCAGUCGCUGCACGGCGACAUGCAGCAGGAGCAGCGCGAGAGCACCAUGAAGAGCUUCCGCGACAACAAGUUUAGCGUGCUGAUCGCGACGGACGUGGCGGCGCGUGGUCUUGACCUGCCCAUGGUCGACCUCGUCAUUCAGUGCGCGCCGCCGCAGGACAUCGACUCCUUCAUCCACCGCGCCGGUCGUACCGGCCGUGCGGGUCGCAAGGGCGUCUGCGUGCUGCUGUACCAGCCGCGCGAGGAGUACGUCGUGGAGCGCAUUGAGCGUCACGCGAAGAUGAAGUUUGAGGUGCUGCCGGCCCCGACACGAGAGGAGAUUCUCAAGGCCGUGGCGCGCGAUGCAGCGGAGGACCUGGCGCGUGUGGAGCGCCGUGCGACGGACCUCUUCAUGGACCAGGCCGCCGAGUUGCUGAAGGACGCCGACCCGGUCGAAAUCCUCGCGUCUGCGCUGGCCGUGAUGAGCGGGUACACCGAGAACAUCACCUCGCGUGGACUCAUCACCGGUACACAGGGCUACGUGACGCUGCAGAUGAACUCGGACCGUCCGCUGCCCAUCCCGGUGUUCUGCAGCAUCCUUCGCAACAACCUCGGCGACGACACCUUCAUGCGGUGCCGUGACAUUACACUGCUGCAGGAUGAUCCAGGCUGUGUCUUUGACGUGCUAGAACAGUUUGCCGAUCGCGUCAUGAGCACCCCGAUGCGCGGCAUCACCUUCCAGCGCAUCGAAACGCUGCCACCGAUCAUCGCACGUGAGCUGAACAGCGGCCGUGGUGGUCGUGGCGGUUCCUUCGGAGGUGGCGGUCGUGGCGGCUCCUUCGGCCGUGGCGGAGGUGGCGGCGGUUACGGCGGUGGCCGUGGCGGCUCCUUCAGUCGUGGUGGAGGCGGCGGCGGUUACGGCGGUGGUCGUGGUGGCGGUCGCGGUGGCUUCCAACGUCGCUACUAG